CUAAAAGUGCAACUAUUCAGUCUUUAGACGCCAUUUGAAGUCAACGGAGCAGAAGAAGGACAAAGCAGCUUUAAAGCAGUGUUCCUGGUUUACCUCUCAGACUCCAGAAGAUGAAGAAAGAGGAGGAAGAGCAGGACGGAGCAGAGUCUGUAACAUCCGGCUAUGUGUCUAUGAAGAGUGACUGGUCUAAAGGUCAUCCUCCACUCUUCAGUAAUGAACCUGGACCCUCAGACACAAAAGAGAGGAAGAGGAGUGGUGUUUCUGUGGAGGAGCAGUCUGCUUCAUCAGGAGACUCCUCCUGUCCCCAGUGUGCAGAAGGAUCCAGAACCAGACCUGGACUGCAGACAGACAGUCAGACCAGCACUGUACAAACAGAAAGUGGUCUGCAGGAGGUUUUAGAUGAACAUCAGAUCAGUCUGAACAGCACAUGUGAAUGUGUGACUCAAGGAACUGAUGAAGCAGGAACUAAAACCUUCCUCAUCAGCAUCUUCACUGAGGUCCACAUCACAGAGGGACAGAGUGAAGAGGUUAAUACCCAACAUGAGGUGAGGCAGCUUGAAACAGCUUCCAAGAUGAAGACCCUCCAUGACGCUCCAAUCAAGUGUCAGGACAUCUUUAAAGUCUUACCUGACCAACAGAAACACAUCAGAGUGGUUCUGAUGAACGGCGUCGCUGGCGUUGGAAAAACCUUCUCAGUGUUGAAGUUCACUCUGGACUGGGCACAGCGCUCCAACAACCAAGAUAUCAGUCUGCUGAUUCUGUUCUCGUUCAGGUCGCUGAACUUGAUCAAAGAUGAGCAGUACAGUCUGCUCAUGCUGAUCCAUGUUUUCUAUCCAACAUUACAGAAGCUCACAGCAGAGAAGCUCGCUGUCUGUAAAGUUCUGUUCAUCUUUGACGGCCUGGAUGAAAGCAGACUUUCACUGGAUUUCAACAACAGUGAGGUCGUGUCUGAUGUCACACAGAAGUCAUCAGUCAGCGUGCUGUUGACAAACCUCAUCAAGGGGAAGCUGCUUCCCUCGGCUCUCGUCUGGAUAACUACCCGACCUGCAGCAGCCAAUCAGAUCCCUCCUUCAUGUGUGGACAGGGUAACAGAAGUACGAGGCUUCACUGAUGACCAGAAGGAGGAGUACUUCAGGAGGAGAUUCAGUGAUGAAGAGCAGUCCAGCACAAUCAUCUCACACAUCAAGACAUCCAGGAGCCUCCACAUCAUGUGUCACAUCCCAGUCUUCUGCUGGAUCACUGCUACAGUUCUGGACCACAUGUUGACUCCAGACCAGAGAGGAGAGCUGCCCAAGACCCUGACUGACAUGUACUCACACUUCCUGCUGGUUCAGACAAAGAGGAAGAAGAACAAGUAUGAUGAAGGACAUGAGACGAGUCCACAGGAGCUGACGGAGGCUGACAGGAGCCUUCUUCUGAAGCUGGGGAGGCUGGCGUUUGAACAACUGGAGAAAGGAAACAUCAUGUUCUACCAAGAAGACCUGGAGCAGUGUGGUCUUGAUGUCACAGAGGCCUCGGUGUUAUCAGGAGUUUGUACAGAGAUCUUCAAAACAGAGAGUGUGAUCUUCCAGAAAACAGUCUACAGCUUUGUUCAUCUGAGCGUUCAGGAGUUUCUGGCUGCAGUCUACAUGUACCACUGUUACACCAGCAGGAACACAAAGGUACUGAAGAACUUCCUGGAAGGAGGAGAAGAAGAAGAAGAAGAAGAAGAUGACGAUGACGAUGCUGAUGCAGAUGAUGAUGAUGAUGAAGAUGCAGAUGCUGAUGCAGAUGCUGCUGCUGCUGAUGAUGAUGAUGAAGAUGCAGAUGCUGCUGCUGAUGAUGAUGAUGAUGAAGAUGCAGAUGCAGAUGAUGAUGAUUAUGAAGAUUACUCAUCUCUGGAUGUGUUCCUGAAGGGAGCCAUGAGGAAAUCUCUCAGAAGUAAAAAUGGCCACCUGGACCUGUUUGUCCGCUUCCUUCAUGGCCUCUCUCUGGAGUCCAACCAGAGUCUCUUAGGAGGCCUGCUGGGUCAGACAGACAACAGUCCAGAAACCAUCCAGAGAGUCAUCAACAACCUGAAGGAGAUGAACAGUGAUGAUAUCUCUCCUGACAGAAGCAUCAACAUCUUCCACUGUCUGAUGGAGAUGAACGACCGCUCAGUACAUCAGGAGAUCCAAGAGUUCCUGAAGUCAGAGAACAGAUCAGGGAAGAGACUCUCUGUGUUCGACUGCUCAGCUCUGGCCUACAUGCUGCAGAUGUCAGAGGAGGUUCUGGAUGAGUUGGACCUGAAGAAGUACAACACAUCAGAGGAGGGACAACGGAGACUGAUCCCAGCUGUGAGGAACUGCAGAAAGGCUCAACUUACUGCCUGUUGGCUCUCAGACACUGAAUGUGAAGUUGUGACCUCAGCUGUGAAGUCCAACCCUCAUCUGACAGAGCUGCACCUGAGACUCUACGAACUGUCUGAUUCAUCAGAUAAGCUUCUGUCUGCUGUACAGGAGAGUCCACACUGUAGACUGAGUCUAGAACUUUCUGACUGUGAACUCUCAGAGACUCACUGUGAAGUUUUGGCCUCAGUUCUGAAGUCAAACCCUCAUCUGACACAUCUGGACCUGAGUGAGAACAAACUGUCUGAUUCAUCAGUGAAGCUUCUGUCUGCUGGACUGGAGAGUCCAGACUGUGGACUGAAGACUCUGAUACUUUCUUACUGUGAACUCUCAGAGACUCACUGUGAAGUUUUGGCCUCAGCUCUGAAGUCCAACCCUCAUCUGACACAUCUGGACCUGAGUAACAACGACAUGUCUGAUUCAUCAGUGAAGCUUCUGUCUGCUGGACUGGAGAGUCCAGACUGUGGACUGAAGACUCUGAGACUUUGGGCCUGUGGACUCUCAGAGACUCACUGUGAAGUUUUGGCCUCAGCUCUGAAGUCCAACCCUCAUCUGACACAUCUGGACCUGAGCUACAACAAACUGUCUGAUUCAUCAGUGAAGCUUCUGUCUGCUGGACUGGAGAGUCCAGACUGUGGACUGAAGACUCUGAUACUUAUUAACUGUGAACUCUCAGAGACUCACUGUGAAGUUUUGGCCUCAGUUCUGAAGUCCAACCCUCAUCUGACACGUCUGGACCUGAGUAACAACAUCCUGUCUGAUUCAUCAGUGAAGCUUCUGUCUGCUGGACUGGAGAGUCCAGACUGUGGACUGGAGACUCUGAGUUUCAUUGAUUCUAAAGGUUCAGAUGUCACACUGACUGGAAACCAGAAGAAGAGAUCUUGUGUGGAGGAAGAGCACAAACCAGAGUCUCCAGUAUCCACCUGUGAGUCCAAACAUCAUCCUCCAGACGUCACUCAUGAAGCUGGAUCCUCAGACUUAAAGGUGGAGGACAGACGGGACAGCGCUACACCUGCCACACAUAAAGGACCUGAUCCGUCCACAUCCAGCACAAAGGAUCAGCUGGAUCCUGAUGAUCCAGAGAGGCUGAAACAGCAGCAGCAGCUUGAGUGCAGAGAGAAUGUGACUGGGACCAGUUACUGGCAGGACUUCACACCCAAAGUGCUGACUGAGUCUGCAAACAUUUCAUACAGGUUCAGCUGUCCUGGUCCAGGUGUGUUCAGGUGUACUUUGACCGGACUGGUGUUUGGUACGGUUCAGGAGGCGGAGCUACAGUACAGGACCGUCCAAUGGGAUGAAAGACUUCUACAACCAGCUGGCAAGACGGCUGCAGGGCCGCUGUUCAACAUCCACAGUCCUGACGGUGCUGUCAGUCAGCUCCGCCUGCCUCACUGUGAAACCAGGGAUGCUCCGCUCCCUGAGGGUCUGCUGUCUGUCGUCCACAUCACUGAUGAUGGAAUGAGCAUCCUGGAGCCGCUGGAGAUUACAGACACUCAUGUGGUUGUGAACGUCCCUCACUUCUCUCUCCUGGGCCUCGUCUGGGACGUUGUUCAGAGGUUUAUUAACAUCAUACGACCAAUUAGGGGCCAGGUUCUGCUGUUCCUCCGACCUCCGGAUGAAGAUGAUGAUCAAAUACUUGAUGUAUUUCUGCUGCAGGACAACAUUCCUCUGAGUGAGGUUGAAGCCCAACAAGGAGAAGCUGAGAACAUUAAGAUCUCUUCUGACUGUGAUCUUAGCAUUGGUCAAAGCUACAGCGUUCACUGUGAACCUGAAGCCUCCAGAAUCCAGCCUGGGCGUGUAAAGUUUCGCACAAAGCUUGGACCAAACUUCUUCCCAACGUUUGAGGUUUUCCUCACUACAAAACAAAAGAAAGUGACUUUGAUGGUUGAAGACCAAGAGAGGACACUAAUGUGGAAUUGGGAGGUGAAACUGACAGGCCCAAGAAGUGCCACAGUGGGGGAAAGCAGCACAGCACAGGAAUCUCCCAGCAGGGGGAACCAACCCAGCAGAGGAAUCUCCCAGCAGGGGACAGACUCCCAGCAGAGGAAUCACCCAGCUGAGGACAUCGUCCCAGCAGAGAAGCUGCUGUUGGUUCGGACACAGUUUGUUAGCAGAGUAUCUGAAGCUAAUCUAAACCUGCUUCUGGAUAAACUUCUUGAGUUUGGUGUUAUAAAUGAUGGUGAAAUGGAGUCGGCCAGAACAGAAACGCGAGCAGACAAAGCUCGUAAAGUGAUCGACAUGGUGCGAAGAAAAGGAAGUGAAGCCAGCUCAGAUUUUAUUGUUGCCCUCCGUGAGGUGGAUCCAAACCUUUCCAGACUGCUCAACUUAAGCUGAGUGUGAAGAUGAACCCUAUAACAGCUGACUGUUUUACUGACUCAAGUUACCUAUUUUCAUCUUUAGCUUUCAUCUGAAGCUAAUAUGAAGCUUCAGCGUCCAAAUGAGUCAAAUCUUCAUCUUCAGUGUUUUUAGUAGCAAAGUCUUUUUGUUACUAUACUUCCACCACAGCUCAACAGGGAAACACUAAGAGGGAAUUUGACGAUAAAAAGACUGUAAAUGUGUCAGAUAUCACUUGAUAUGACUAACUCAGACUGCUGAAGCUCAAUAGAAGCUGAUCAGAUACUUUAAAUGACUGUGUGGAAACACUGUGAUACAGUCCUCCAUCACUGAACACUGUAAACACAUUUAAAGAUCUUUUAAUAGUCAGUAUGAACAGGAGGAAUGAUUACAGAGAGCUUCAUGUGGACACCUGAUUGAUGGUUUAAGAUAGACUUGAACAAUUGUGAAACUAUUCUUCUUUAAUUUGUGUGAUUAUGAAGAUUAUACAGAGAAAUUAUUUAGUCCUAGUUUAAUAUUUUUUUUGUGGAGUGUAACUGUUAAAUGGCUCCAGACUGUAAGAUUUUUUCAGAGGAGGAUGGCUAAAGGCUGAUUUAAAAAAGGACACUGUUGGGGAAGUGUGUGUGUUUUUUAUGGCUUGAGGAGCAGUUCAGCUCUUUAAUCUCCAUGAAGAUGUUUUCAGGUUCAACUAAAUUUGUAAAAGCACAUUUUUAUCUAAAGGAGGUUUUUUCUGUGCUGCUGUAGUUUUGCUUUUUUGCCAAAGUCUGAUUUUUAUAUGCUGAUAUAAAUAUAUGAUGAUAAUAAAUAGAUAAAAAGCUGAACAUGUGAUGAGAGCUCGCUGAUAUUUUCACCCUGUAAGAAACUUUUAUUUG